UUUUGACAUAGUUUUGAUAACAAAAUUCUAGGUUAUUAUGUAGCAAACCAAUUUUUUCCUCUUACUUUUACUUUUUUCUUACUUUUGUGUACAAUAAUGAUUCUAUGUAGGGGUAGAAAUCUGCGGGAAAGUCCUAAUUAUGAUAGAGAUUUUAGAUUUCUAAGUGAUACCAAUUUUCUCAGUGUCUUAUUUCCUUAGUACAAUGUUACAUACUCUCGUGUUAUGGAACCAGAAUUUCAUAAAGUAGAUUAUGAAAAUAGUAAGUUCCCUCGAGGUAAGGAACUUACUUUCCGGAGUAAUUCCUAUCCUGAGGGUUCAAUCAUCGUUAGCGAUGAAACCGACAAGCUUCCAUCCAACCUCCAUGUGUCCUACUGGGACAUCUUGGCGAUACUCAUUUCCAUCUCUAGUCACAUUAUUGAUGUCCUCCUAGACAUGAAUCUAGCCUACCGAUACUAUCUAAGUGGUAAAAAUGUGUAUGUCAUACUUACUAUCAUCUUUAUCUCAUUUCCCGCGUUUGUCAACACUGCAGUCAGUAUACGGAUGUAUAUGCUUGAUGAAUUUGAGACAUCUGCUACCAUGCGAAGAUUGAUCAGAACCUACAAGAUCUCAUGGAUAUUUAUUUUAGCAUUUCAACUCGCGCCAGUCAUAAGGUAUAUUGAUUCGCUGAGUUACGCUCUAAAGUCCCGCAAAGCAGAGAAAAGGAAAGAUUUUGCAAGUCAGCGGAAGUACUACGAGUUGAUGCUGAAAGAGGACUCUGAUGUAGCUCUCCUGCGAGUAUUGGAGUGUUUUUUAGAGGCAGCACCACAACAAAUUCUUCAGGUUGCCAUCGUCUUAGUUGAGAAGAAAAAAGGCUCUACUUUUCAGAUUAUGCAUCAAGCUGGAUCCAUUAUCUCCUCUUUACUUUCGAUGGCAUGGUCCAUGGCCUCCUAUCACCGUUCGGUUAGAUUUGCUCAGGAAAAUAAACAGAACAUGAGUUGGCCAGCCACAGCUAUCCAAUUCAUGUGGCAUUUCAUGAUCACAGUGGCGAGAAUUUUAUCAAUAGGUGCUGUUGCCUCAGCAUUUCCGAUUUGGACAUUUUCUGCCUCAGCCCUUCAUUGGAUAUUAAUGUGCCUAUGGCUGGCAAUCCUUGAACGUACGCGACUCUGCCUCUCCAAAAAUCCGCAAAAGCAAGUUAACGAGCGAACAUCGGAGCUCCUCUUCUGUGCAAUUCUUGGGCUUGUGUACAUCUUCACAUAUUUGACCCCUGGUGAAGGCAAAACACGAAACAGGUACUUAAUUUAUUACCCAUUAUGCUUCUUAGAAAAUACUGCAGGCAUCAUUCUUUGGUCGCUCACUGCAGACAGUAAUAUCAGGCACUCAUGGUACUAUGUUCCACUGAUCAUCAGCUCCAUAGUUCCGUUUUUAAUAGGCAUCGUCUUCAUGGUGAUCUAUUAUAAGUAUUUCCAUCCGCAAACAGCUCAAAAAAUCCACCUGCCUUUCUGUUGUACAUUCCAGCCCAAUGUGGCCUCACCGCUGUCUCCACAAGGUCUAGACCCAAAUUAUAGGUUUAACUAUAUCAGUGAUAUCAAUGCUAAACUAAACUCAGCUCAAAUGCCUGAAUCGCUUUAAUUUCAACUCACUUUACUCAGAUAAUGAUUUAAUUUAGGUUCCUUUUUGAAAGUUAACAACUCAUGGCUUCUAUUUUAAUCAGUGCUUAUCACUUAUUAAUGUUAGAGCUGAAACAAUUGUUUAGUUGUAGGAAAGUGUACACAACAAUCAAGAUUAUUUUUAUUUUUAUUUCUCAUGAUUUUUUUGUCUGUUAUCAUCCCAUUAGCAAAACAAGGAUGAUUCUCGCCUCCCAUCAAAUUUUAAAAUCAAAUUUAAGUUUUUUGUAAACUUUUUUCGACCAAUUUGGAGUUUACAAGCUUAUUCCCCCUUUUAAUACAAUCUGGUCUCUCGGCCCUCUUUAAAUCUCUUAUCAGUCGAUGGCAGGUAGUGGUGAAGCAGCUAAACAAUUACACUGUUUUAAAGAAUUCUGGAAAGAAAUAUUGACGUAAAAAUAGCCCUGAGUGCACGCCAUGCAGAAACGUGUUUUGAGUCAUGUCUUUCCUAAAAUGAUAUUCUCAAUCAUUAAAGGAAAGAGAUCAUGUGAUUAAUAUUAUCAUAUUAAAAUUUAUUUUUCAUCCAACAUCCAAUUAAACGGCUGAUCUUUCUCAUCUGUUUCGCCAAAAAAAAACUGGUUUGACGAAGCAAAUGUUGAGAGAGUUAUAUUUCUGAGAAAAACUAAAGUCGUGUCAUGCUUACUGCUUUUGAACACAUAAGUGACAAUAUCCUCCAAAAUCAAAGGCAUAAAGGGGGCACACAAACAAAAUCUCACUGAAAAAUUCCAAAGGAAUAAGUUUUAUUAAAACAUGAAUCAAUUUUUUCCAAAGAUUUUCGUCCCCCUGUUUUUUACUUCUUUUAAUUUUUGUUUCAUCCUGUAUCACAUCAAAUGUUAGCAAAAAAAACUAAUUUUAGUCAUGAGUAGCUCAGAUAUUGCAAAAGUAAGAACGGACUAUAAUUUUAAGAGCUCAUAUUUUUGGUGUUCGAUCGCUAGAAACAGUCUUCGGCUCCCGACUUAUCAUACAAUCAUUCACUUUGUUUUUAUAUUUUGGUUUCUCUAUUUCUGGCUGUUCCUACUUAAUGAAAUUUUCAUCAAACUGGUGGCUCAUAAAACCUGUGUCGGUCAAUUUCUUUACACUUCAAUCAACGAGACAGUGAAAUUUUUAGAAAUUGUAAAUUUACCCUGUAACUGCAAAUUUAAAACCCUCAUUCUUCAUGAAGGAAAUGAUGACGAAAUGGUUUAGUUAUUACUUUUUAUGCUUAAUAUGAUAAGUGUUUAAAGUAAAAAUUAAAAAAACAAAAAAAGACAAGGGGCCAAAUCUAAUUAUUACUGAGAUUGUCUUUAACUUAAAAGGAAAAAGUAGCUCUCUGUAAAGUAUGAUUUUUUUUUUUUUUUUUUACUUUCCUUCCAAUUAAGUAAUUUCCCAAACUUAAUAAUGUAGAUGAAGUAUUUACCUUGACUUUGAUUUGAAGAAAGAGUCCCCCAAUUUAUCCAAAAACACUUUGAUGUAAAUUUGGUCAAGUCUGAGCAGCCAAUUGUUUAACACUAUAGUGCCUUGUGGAUGAUCUUCAGGUUUUGAAUGCAGCUGUCUUUUUUCUUCAUUGUGUAUUAUUUUAUAUUUUCUUUUUCUUUUUUUGUUUGUUUUGAUCUCGUAUUCAUAAAAACUAACUGUCAAAGGGCAAGAAGACAAAUACAAUUUAUGCUUUAUCAUAGUUCAACUAAUUUUAAAACGAAGUGUCUGCUGGCCAAAAGUGCUGAAAAAUGAAAUGGUAUUCGAGACUGUCUUGAAGCCAAGAGCCCUGAGCAGUAAAUUUUGAGUUUGAGUAAUUCUCUCAUGUAGAGCACGCCUAACUAAAUUGUUCUGAUAUUACAUAAUUAACAAAUAGGGGAAAAUUGAGCUUAUCCUCACAAAUACUAGAUAUUCAUAUUAAUUGAGUCGUUACUAUAUACAACACUCUGAGGAUCUCAGUAAGGUCCUCUCUAAUUCCCACAAGCUCAAAGUUUCAAACUCAGAAAAAAUUGCUCCUAAGGGGGCGAUGAGUCAGUUCUUGUACCUGAUACUUAAAUGAUUGAAUAGGUAGAGUCCAGCUCUUGGUCUCUACUCGGAGGGUUAAUUGGACGAAUUUCUGUCGAACGGAACUAAAGACGAGUGGCUAAAAUAGGCUGUGCUCUAGAAAGCUGCAUAAGAAACAAUGUUAAAGUGGGCGUGAUUCCCUUUGGAGAAAGGGAAAAUUGGAAUAUUACUUUCUUUUUAACGGAACUAUGUGCCAACUGAAUGCGGCACUCAUGAACCAUGGGCAUGUGGAGAGAGUCUUGUGGAUAGGGCUCAUGAGUUAAAGGCUCAAAUCCGCGGACGGUCGUCUCCGUUGUCGCCGCUGACGUCACUGGCGCUUUAUAAUUCCCAUCCACUCCUAUGGCCCUCAACCAACAAGAACACCCCUUCUUUCCCACCUGUCUCUGGUUCCCUUUGACAGAAAUACGUCUGAUUAACCUUUCUCUUACUAAAAUCAGCGUUUUCUUUUUUAAAAUUAAAUUGGGCCUAGGUAAGUUUGCCUCAUUUCUGAAAAGUAAUACAAUUACGUUUUGUGGUUGUGGUUACAUACCUUGUUUUUUAAUAGAUUAUUCAGGAAAUCAAAAUCAUUCUAUUAGCAACUUUUGGCAAGCUAGACAAAGUAAUUUUGCGGCGCAUCAUGUUUAAAAUCUUUAAACCAUAACACGAUCAAAGAUAUGAAAUUAGAUUAAGUAUUUUUGUCUUAGUGUAAGUUAAUAACUUCUCUGAAAACGAAUAACUCGUUGAAGUGUUUUUCUUUACAACAUUCUCCAGUUUCUACAUAUUUUCCGGUGAACAAAAGUUCUUUCUCCCUUUGAAGAACUAAAAAAAUAUUUUAAUGCAAUACUCUUUGUUUUUUUUGUACCUUUUACAACAAGUGCUGAUGACCAUUCUCAUUCAACAAUAGUCAAAUAUGUGUGAAGUUUAUCAGAUGUUGAAAAGCUCCUAAUUGGUCGUUAGUCAAUGAUCAUUCAAUUUACAUGAAAUCUUAUUUUUCCUUGCAACAUCAAUAAUUGCUAGCAGUUGACAGCAAUAUAAUUUGUUGCAUUCAAACAAAGGAACACCUUUCAGAUAAGAGAAAAUAGAAUGAAAGCAGUAGUGAUGUUGUUUUAAGAUCAAUUUUCGGUUAUCAUUCAAGUAACUUUCCAUGCAUUCAAGUGGUUUUAAUAAACAUUGAAAUACGAUUUUAAUCAUCCACAAAGAUUAAUACAUCACAGAUGAGCUUAUCAGCAGAUCUUCCUUAUUUAUCUCAUUGCUAGGUUGUGAAAUUUUACUAUGUAAUAUUUUUAUUUUUACAAGCACAAAUGUAUUAGUGUAGUAACAGUUAAGCAGUCUUAUUGCUUGUAGAAGUUUUGUUUAAUUUCCAGAAGAAAAUCUAAUAUAUGUUUUAAAAUCUUUCAAGUAAUGUUUUCUCUAAAACAAACUUGAAUGUAAAGUCAUUUUGAAAUCCAUGUUUUUAAAAUAUUGACUUUUAAUUUUCUAUGGGACCAUAACAUAUUCAAUUCCCUGUCACCAAGCUAACUGAGCAUGAACAAUUUUAUCCUCAUGCAUAUACAAAGAUGUUCUUAGUGUGAGCCACGUCCGUUCUCAAUAUUUAAAAUGCAUCUACCUCUUUAAGCUUUUUCACUUGUUUUCCUGAAGAUUGUUGGCUGAAAAGAUUAU